CCCCGGCUGUGAUUCUUGGGCAAGCGCUGCUCCUCUCGUGCGGAGAGAUGGGUCCGUCCCCCCGGCGCAGCUCCGGGGGGCCCCGCCCAGGAAAGGGCCGGGCGGCCAUGAGACGCUCCGCUGCCUUCCUAGAAAGAGUCCGAGAUCUCGGCUCCUCGAGGGCUGGGCUGCGGCCUGCAGGCGGAGCUAAGCCAGCAGAGCCCCAGGCGCCUGGGCGCGGCCAUGGAGCGGGCGGAGCGCGGAGCUUGGAGUGAAAAUAUAUUGGAUUAUUUUCUGAAUACUAACCAGAUUAAAACCAAAGAUGGAGCAGAAAUCAUCUGGUACCAUGCAGCAAACAAUAAGUCACAAAUGAAAGAAGCAAUUCAAAGUGCUGCUCAUAUGCUAGAAGCAGAUAUUCUUCUUUGUGGUGAGGAAGAAGGAAAUGGUGAACCAAUCAUGGCUCAUCCUCCUGAAACAAACAGUGACAACACAUUACAGGAGUGGCUAAAUGAGAUUGUAAACACUAAAAAAGGCAUUAAGCUGGAUUUUAAGAGUUUAGCAGCAGUUCAGCCAUCUAUGAGGCUUCUUGAAGGCAUAAAGUUGCAUCUGAAGCGACCUGUCUGGAUUAAUGCAGACAUACUACCCGGACCUAACGGAAGUAAUGCUGUUGUGGAUGCAAAAACAUUUCUAGACACUGUAACUUCAUUCUUCCCAGAUGUGACCUUAUCUUUGGGCUGGACAACUGGAUGGCACCCUCAUCAAUGCAAUAAAGGAUACAGUUGGGCAAUGGUGAAAGAGAUGGCUGAGAUAUGUGGAGCACUUACUCAACCUGUAACAUUUCCCGUAAGAGCAUCUUUGUUACAACAGUCAAAAUCUGAGUUGCUCUGGUUAUUACAGAAGUCAAACAGGUACAGUCUGACUGUUUGGACAGGAAGGCAAGAUGAGUACUUCAUAGAAGACCUGCUUUACAUCAGAGACACCUUUGAUAAAAGUAACAUGAGAGUUGAAGGGUGCUCCGUCUGUGACCAGGGGCGGAUGAGAGGAACUAGCCGGUGCCGGACCGCGUGCGGCAGACGAAAGGCGUGAAAGCUGCUCGCGCAUGUGCGGUCUGACUGAAUACAGCUCUGGCAAGCUCCGAUUUGCGGCGCUGCGACCAGCCCGACACCAGAUGUGGAGCACUCAUGGGGACUACCUGAAAAGAAUUUUUGUUACAUAACUGUAUUAAAAAAUGAAACAAUGUAAAACUUUUAGCACCUACAGGUCCACUCAGUCUUACUUGCUCAGCCAGUCGCUAAGACAAACGAGUUUAUUUGCAUUAUGGGAGAUAAUGCUGCCCACUUCUUAUCUGCAAUGUCACCUAAAAGCAAGAACAGGCAUUUGCAUGGCCUUUUUGUAGCUGGCAUUGCAAGGUAUUUACAUGUAAGAUAUUGUAUACGUUCAUAUACCUCUUUAUGCUUCAGCCACCAUUCCAGAAGACAUGAUUCCAUGCUGCUAAUGCUUCUUUAAAAAUGCAUAAAUUAAGGGGCAGAAUUGCAUGUCUUCUGCUGUUUUAUGUUCAUUCUGCCAUAUGUUUCAUGUUACAGCAGUCUCAGAAGAUGAUGUGGCACAUGUCAUUUUAAGAACAUUCACUGCAGAGUUGACAAAACACAAAGUGGGUACCAAUGUGAGAUUUCUAGAGGUUGCUGCAGCACUCUACCCAAGGUUUAAGAAUCUGAAGUGCCUUCCAAAAUCUAAGAGGAAUGAAGUGUGGAGCAUGCUUUCAGAAGUUUUAAAAGUGCUUAAGAAGUUGCAUAAACUUCUGUGAUGCAGAAACUACAGAAUCUGAACUACCAAAAAGAAAAAAAUAAUAAGGUUUUGCUAGGGUCCUCAGAUAAUGAAACUUAACAUGGGCUGAACAGCUUUGGAUGAUUAUUGAGCAGAUCCCUUUUUUAGCAUGGACACGUGUCCUCUAGGAUGGUGGUUGAAAUGUUAGAGUGGUAUUAUAAUGUUGAUUUGUUUAUAAUGUUUAUAAUGUAAUGUAAUUGUUGUAAAUAGGAUGUAGGUAACGUGCACACUUAGAGGAGCGGUUGAUGCCAUCAGUAAGUAAAAACAAAAUGGAGUUUUGGAAAACAAAAUGGAGUUUCUGGAAAGUCAGUUAAACUUCUCCCACCUUGGCUACGUCUACUUUGGCCCCUUCUCCGGAAGAGGCAUGUUAAUUUCC